GAGCCUGGCGGGCAGCAUGGAGCGGGCGCUCAGCCUGGCCGCGGAGGAGGACUUGUUCCACAAGAGUCUCGGCGCCUCGGCCGCGAGGAUGGAGGCCGCCUUCCGCGCGCCCCCGGGGCUCGACCUGAGCCACCCGCGCGAGCGCCAGCCCUCGCCCCUCAGCUGCUUCGAGCCGGGCGAGGCGGAAGGGCUGCUGCAGCCCGGGGCGGCGCUGGGGGCCGGCGACCCCCUCUCGCUUGCGCCGGUGUGCGGCAAGUACGGCGAGAGCACCAGCCGCAGCUCGGUGGCGGAGGCGCGCGCCGAGCAGAGCCCCGACGACGACAGCGACGGGCUGCGAGCUGGUGCGGCGGCGGGAGACCGUGCGGCCGCCUCGCCCGGGGCGGGGGGCGCCGGGGGGGGCCUGAAGGCGGCCGAGGGCGGCUGCUCCAACAGCCACGGCCUGGGCGGGAGCAAGAAGUCGAAGGAGCAGAAGGCGCUGCGGCUCAACAUCAACGCCCGCGAGCGGCGGCGGAUGCACGACCUGAACGACGCGCUGGACGAGCUGCGGGCGGUGAUCCCCUACGCGCACAGCCCCUCGGUGCGGAAGCUCUCCAAGAUCGCCACGCUGCUGCUGGCCAAGAACUACAUCCUCAUGCAGGCGCAGGCUCUGGAGGAGAUGCGGCGCCUGGUGGCUUAUCUCAACCAGGGCCAGGCCAUCUCGGCCGCCUCCCUGCCCAGCUCGGCGGCGGCGGCCGCGGCCGCGGCAGCCGCCUUGCACCCAGCGCUCGGUGCCUACGAGCAGGCGGCCGGCUACCCCUUCAGCGCCGGCCUGCCCCCUGCCAGCUCCUGCCCGGAGAAAUGUGCUAUUUUCAACAGCGUCUCCUCCAGCCUCUGCAAACAGUGUACGGAGAAGCCUUAAAACCCCAGGCGGGGCAAGGAGCUGGCCGGGAGGGACUCGGGGCACGGACUUAAGCUAAAUCCUCCGUUUCUCGUGGUUAUUAGGCUUAUGGUUGUUUUUUUUUCUCCUUUUGGAAAG